CUGUGAGUUGACAAAAAUUGCUAGCAAACAGAGGGAGAAGCGUUUUUGUGGUUAAAUUGGCAAAUAAGGGCAAGUAAAUAAGAACCAAAUAAAUAUGGGCGAAGGUGCUGGCAACUGGUGUCUCAUUGAGAGCGAUCCGGGCGUGUUCACGGAACUGAUACGCGAAUUUGGUUGCGAUGGUGCUCAGGUGGAGGAGAUCUGGAGCCUGGACAGUGAAUCGUUCAAGAACCUGGAGCCCAUACACGGAUUGAUAUUUCUAUUCAAAUGGGUGCAGGAGGACGAGCCCGCUGGCAAGGUGGUGCUGGACAAGGAUGAUAUAUUCUUUGCCAAGCAAGUGAUCAACAAUGCCUGCGCCACACAGGCCAUUCUCAGUCUGCUGAUGAACCUGGAACACGAGGACAUCAAGCUGGGCGAGACGCUGACCAACUUCAAGGAAUUCUGCCAGUGCUUCGAUCCCUACAACAAGGGACUGACGUUGAGCAAUGCCUCGCAGAUACGCACAGUGCACAACUCGUUUGCCCGGCAGACCCUCUUUGAGCUGGACAUGAAGAACCAGAGCAAGGACGAGGAUCUGUACCAUUUUGUGGGCUAUGUCCCCAUCAAAGGACGUUUGUACGAGCUGGAUGGCCUUCGCGAGGGACCCAUUGAUCUCGGCGAGAUUAAGCCGGACCAAAACUGGAUCGAUGUGGUGCGCCCAAUCAUUGAGAAGCGCAUGCAGCGCUACAGCGACGGUGAGAUCCACUUCAAUCUGAUGGCCCUGAUCUCGGACCGUCAGCGCAUCUACGAGAAGCAGAUAGACAAGCUGCUCAACCCAGCUGCCGAUGCCAUGGACACGGAGGAAGAUCGUCAGACUGAAAUCAGCAGCUUGCGCUCCUACAUCCAGUACGAGAUCCAGAAGAAGAAGCGCUACAAGGUGGAGAACGUGCGUCGCAAACACAACUACUUGCCCUUCAUCGUGGAGCUGCUGAAAAUGCUGGGCGAGACCGGCCAGCUGAUGCCCAUCUACGAGAAGGCCAAGCAGCGGGCGCUGGAACGCGAGCAGGCGCAACGCAAAAAGGAGUCCAACUAAAAGCAUUUAAAAAAGUACUAUAGCUUAUCUCUCUUGGAUAGAACAGAACAGCCAGUUAAAUGCAAUUCAAAAUUGCUGCGAUUUCAAUAAAAACACAAACGUUUAAACAAUUAAGAAUGAAUGAAAGCAACAAAGGAAAACACUUACACUUACACUUACAUCUUUAGCUGGAUAGUAGUUAGGGUCUUGAACUGCCUUCGACUGUACUUUAAUUUUUAUAAACGCUCCUGAGCUAUCCUAAAUAUAUCUCUCUUCUCUGCUAGUAAUCGUACAGUACAUACAGCCCGUUCCAGGGUUAAGCUAAAUAUAUAGUGAAAAAUUUAAAUAAAUCGCAUUAAUAAAAAU